UUCCCCUCCCUCCUCCCAGGGGGCGGAGCGAGGAGGAGAAGAAACAGGCACAGGCCCAUCCGAAAGGCAGGAGCCGGCGCGCGCUCACCGUCCCCGCCCGCGAUUCCCGUCGGGGCUUUACGCGAGUGGCGUAGCGCGGGAUGGGAGGGGGGGGCGGAGGCCAAAGGAGGAAAGCGGCGCCCCCCCCUUUUUUUUUUUUGGUUGGUUGGUUGGUUGGUUUUUGUUUUACGACGCUCGGCUCGGCGACGUGCUUGGCGGCCGCCCCGGGCAACCCUUCCCCCCCCUCCCGGCGAGGAGCGCGAGGCCCGGCGGCAGUUGGAGGCUAAGAAAAGAGAAGGAUGCAGCAUCCAUUGUGUAGCUAUUAAUCUGUGCAAGUCUGGAUUGUUGACUCAGGCUUUGGGCUUUCUCCAGCAGCCGUAAUAGCCGUGCUUGCACAGAAUGGACCCUGUUGUCCUGAGUUACAUGGACAGUUUGCUGAGACAAUCGGAUGUUUCUUUACUAGAUCCUCCCUGCUGGCUUAACGACCACAUCAUUGGGUUUGCCUUUGAGUAUUUUGCCAACAACCAGUUCCGAGACUUCUCUGACCAGGCCUGCUUCGUGGGCCCAGAAGUGGCUCAGUUCAUCAAAUGCACCACCAACCAGGAGGAACUGGCCGUGUUCCUUGAGCCCCUCGACCUGCUGCACAAGAAGAUUGUGUUCCUGGCUAUCAAUGACAACUCCAACCAGGCAGCCGGUGGUACCCACUGGAGCUUGCUAGUGUAUUUCCAGGACAAGGACAGCUUUGCUCACUAUGACUCCCACAGCAGGUGUAACUCAGCGCAUGCCAGACAGGUUGCCAGGAAUUUGCAGUCCUUUCUUGGCAAGAGGGGCAAAGCUGCCUUUGUGGAAGAGAAGGCUCCAGCGCAGCAGAACAGCUACGACUGUGGGAUGUAUGUGAUCUGCAACACAGAGGCCCUGUGCCAAGAAUUCUUCCAAGGGCCGCAGGAACCGGUGCUUCAGCUCUUGACUCCUUCAUACAUCACAGGAAAGAGAGAAGAAUGGAAAAAACUCAUUGCUAGGCUCUCCAAGAAGUGACUGAUGACUUUCUAGCGAUUGUUUUUUUUUAAAAAAAAUCUCAUUUUCAGUGCCCGAGAGGAGCACUAGUGCACAAGACUUCUUUUUCCCUACAGAAAGAAUGCACUUACCUUUGCACUUCUUCUGCACUGCAGCAUUCUGCAGGGCUAAGCCCUGGGAAAUGGCGACGCCAUCUUCCCUACAGUUUGGAGCAGCUGCCGCUUAGCCUAACCUCUGUAUCCUCCCAAAUCCCCGCGACGCUCAAGUUCUUUGUACGCCUGUAUGUGAUCCAGUUUCAGUGAUGUCAGUGGCAGAGACACGGCCUCUGUGCAAUUACAGCCUCUUUCAGUGUCUCUCUUUCGGAAGCAUCCCUGAAUAUCUGGGAAUGGAGAUCAGAUUUUUAUACAGCUGCAAAAUUACUGUUAUCGCUUGUAUCCAAAGCUUCAGUCUUAGGGCUGGGAAGCAGAAGUCCCUUAUUCCUGCUUUUCUGAAAAGGAAGUGGGGUCAAGCUAUUUAUUGUGUGAAGUGUUUUGCCUCCCUCCAGUAACUAUACGCUUUACUGUAGUAUGAGGAAGCCAAAUUAUUGUACAGUUGCCUUGAAGGCAGGAGAGUCAGCUCCUCUUUAUUUCUAACUCCAUCUCCGCCUCCUGUUUAUUUAACACAGUAAGGAUUUUUUAAAAGGUGUACUUCUGAAUGAAUGGUAUGAUGAAACUAUUAGAGGGAAAGGAAUUUUCCCUUCAGUAUCUAGACCAGGGCCAGGGGGAGAUAGAUAGAUAGAUAGAUAGAUAGAUAGAUAGAUAGAUAGAUAGAUAGAUAGAUAGAUAGAUAUCUUUACAGAAACUGAAAUUUCUGCUUAUCACUUUGAGCACUUUGACCUAGAGAGUGCCUUAAUAGUGCACUGAAUCUAUUUCCCUAAAUUGUAUUCCACUGGAGUCCAGUAAGGCUUAGUUUUGUUAGCUAAGAUUGCAUCCUCUGAUUUCUGAAUAUAUACUGGGACUUGUAAUGGCAGGAGGACUUGAGUGUUUUGUACAACAAGGAAGGUGGAGUUGACUCAAUAUUCCUUGAGAAUUGCAGAUGCAGACAGCUGGCUGAUGCGCCAGUGGUUCUGCUGCAGAGAUUCAACAACAUAUUAAGAGAAAAGUUGUAAUAGCCAACAAAGGAGCGGAUUAGCGCUCACCCAUUUCUCAAGUCUCCUUUUUAAUUGGUGAAUAAUAAGUGGGACUUGGAGUGAAGGUAGAAUCAUGACUGAGAUUCCUCCAUAGUUGUGCGAUGUAAAUUUGCUUCCUUCUGCUGAACAUUUGGCUGGGCUGAAAAAAGGAACGUCUCGUUUGGUAACGUGCCAAGCCAGGUGGUAUAGCCUUAAAGCCUAUAUUACCUUCGUCUCUUCCCCCCGCCCCCAUUAAAUCUCGUUUUACUGAUUCCUGAUGGAUGCUGCCUCAGCAACAAUCCUUUUUUAAACGCUGCACAAGGAACAUCUUCAAUAGGAUUUAAAUAUAACAAGUUCAGUUGUUUUACCGUAUGUCGAAACUGUUGGGCAGAAGCACUUGGUAAUGUCUCUUAUUUGCAUAAUCGCAUUAUGUUUGGGAAAAACCUUCAGUCAAAAAUUAAAAAGAAAACCUCUGAAAAACGA